AUGGUACCCCUCUGUCUGAUCCUGCUAUGCGCGUGCCUGCAGCCUGUUAUCGCGGAGAUCGACUCGGUCUUCAAAUCGCGUCCCGAUCUCUACCCACCGGUCCUCACUUUGGAACACCGGGUUCCCGACAAACUCAGCCCCGGAUACAUCUUCGUCGGUCCGUAUGAAGCGUCCAACUCGGGCCCGUAUAUCUACGACGAUGAGGGGGGCAAGGACCAUCUCUGCUUCUUCCAGGGCGUGCAGCAGAACGGAUACUGUCGGGGUCACGGCGUGAUCAUGGACGACCACUACCGCAUCGUCCGCACGGUGGUGCCCGGCGGGGGCAUGGCGUCCAGCGACAUGCACGAGUUCAUGCCCAUCAACGACGGCAAGACGGCGCUGAUGACGGUGUACCAGCAGCGGCAGUUCGACAUGAGCGCGUGGAACGUCAAGUCGGGCAUGGGGUGGGUGAUGGAGAGCAUCUUCCAGGAGGUGGACGUGGAGACGAACGAGGUGCUGUUCGAGUGGAAGUCGCUGGACCACGUCGACCCGUCCGACGCCUACACCUGGCCCAGCCACACGGACACCUCAGGCACCGGGCUGGACCCGCGCUCGCCGUGGGAUUACUUCCACAUCAACUCCAUCGACAAGAACGCCGACGGCGAUUACCUAAUCUCCUCGCGCCACACGUGCGCGAUCUACAAGAUCUCCGGCCAGGACGGUUCCGUCAUCUGGCGGCUGAACGGCGCCCAUCCGUCCUUCAGGAACAUCAACUUCAGCUUCUCCCAGCAGCACGACGCCCGCUGGCUGAGCGAGAAUGGCACCCACACCCUGCUGUCGCUCUACAACAACGGCUUCAACGGCUUCAACCGCACCCAUGAGUACUCGUCCGGCAUGCUCAUCCUCAUCGACCACCAGGACAGCACCGCCACCCAGCUGCACGACUACGUGCCGCCGGGCAAGAACAUGAUCAGCUCCAGCCAGGGCAACAUGCAGGUCCUGGGCAACAGCAACGUGUUUAUCGGCUGGGGGAACAACGCCUACGUGUCGGAGCACGACGCCGAGGGCAACCUGCUGCUCUGGGGCUACAUCGACAAGGGCUCGAUCAUGAACUACCGGGCGCAGAAGUUCCAGUGGGAGGGCAACCCGACGGACGUGCCGGCGCUGUGGACGUACUCGCAGUCGAGCGACACCUUCUCCUCGACCGCGUUCUACGUGAGCUGGAACGGCGCCACGCGGGUCAAGUACUGGCGAUUCUACGGCGCCACCAACUCCACCGGCCCAUAUCAGCUCAUCCGGCAGGUCGAGAAGAAGGGCUUCGAGACAAGCUACGCGGCCCCGCACUUCUACCGGUGGACCUACGCCGAAGCCGUGGACGUGGAGGGCAAGGUGCUGGGCAAGUCGCGGAACAUGUACACCUUCACCCCGUCGAGCGAGCUGCAGGGUUUCUGCGCGAAGGAGUCCUGCGAGAACGCCCAGUUUUACGGCGUGCCCGGCGACCAGGGCGCCGGACCGGAGAUCCCCCCGGCGGGCAUCAACACGGUGCCCUGGGUUGACCCGGGGCACCCGGAGGCGCAUUUCGACUGGGGAAAGACCGGAGACGCGGAGGGGGGGAGCGGAUCCGACGCUCUGACGUCGUACGUGGUAGAUAAGAGCCCUGCUGACCCUGCCCCUCUAGAUACCACGGUGGGCUGGAUCGCCCCAGUGUUCGGGUUUAGCGUGGCCGUUGGGGCCAUCUACGCGGUGCUUCGGGUGUACCGGCGCCGGCAGCAGCAAUUUAGCCGGGUCAAGGAGAGGGGUUCAGAAGAUAGCCUGGACCGGAUGGAGCGGUCCAAGCCAUCGCAGGAUUCGGACGAGGCGCCGUGGUGGCACUGGCGACCCUGGCGGACGAGAACCCGACGGCGUCCGUCACUAUCGCUGUCCACCACCGCCCCUUCCUCCGCCCUCUCAACUCCCCAGGCCACCCCCAACCCUCUCUCCGCCACCUCGGCCUCUUUCGCCCUGUCCAAGUCGCGGAAUGCGAGUCGUCACACCCGCAACAUCUCUUGGGCUUCCGGUCACGACCAAGGCGAACCCUCUCCCGCCGACUUCUCCUCCUCCUCCCACCAGCGCCGCCGCAGGGAGUCCACCAUCUCGCUAGCUGACGUCUCCGAGGGCUCCUCCGGCCACCACAACGACGACGACCUCGACCCCGACGCCGACCCCGACGCCGCCGCCGCCGGCAUGGCCGCCAGAAACACCUCCUUCGACUGGGGGCCUGGCCACGCCCGCAGUCGCUCCCACUCCUACACCCAGCCGCAGAUGUCCCUGCUUCAACCCCAGGAAAUGGCCUCGGCGCCUCCCCCGCGCCCGGCGCCCGUCACAUGGAUGUCCCUCCCGCAGAAGAAGCAGCUGGCCCUGCUGGGGCUCUGUCGGGUCUUCGACUUCCUCCAGAUCGCCUCGCUGCAGGCCUACAUGUUCUACCAGUUGAAGUCCUUCGAUGAGAACCUCUCCGACGCCGACGUCUCCACCCAGGCCGGCAUCCUCCAGGGCGCCUUCACCGCGGCGCAGUUUGCGACCGCCAUCCCGUGGGGCCGUGUCGCUGAUGCGGAAUGGGGUGGUCGCAAGUUCGUGCUGCUCGUGGGUCUGCUGGGAACCGCCCUGUCCUGUCUGGGCGUCGCCUUUUCGACCUCGUUUGCGCAGGCCGUGUUCUGGCGCUCGUUCGGCGGUGCCAUCAACGGGACGGUGGGCAUCAUCCGGACGAUGAUCGCCGAAAAUGUCAAGGAGAAGAAAUACCACUCCCGCGCCUUUUUGAUCCUGCCCAUCGGAUUCAACAUUGCGGCGCUGUUUGGACCAGUGAUGGGCGGUAUGCUGUCGGACCCGGUCAAGGCGUAUCCCCGUCUGUUCGGACCGGACUCGUCUUUCGGCGGCGCGAACGGGGUGGAGUGGCUCAUCCGCUAUCCCUACGCGCUGCCCAUGCUGGCGAACACGAUUUUCCUGUCUUUUGCGGCGGUCUGCGUCGCCGUCGGUCUUGAGGAGACUUUGGAAGCUUGCAAGGGCAAGCCCGGUCUGGGCGUCUUCUCGAUGCGCAUCUUCGCGCGCGGCCUCAGGGCGGUGGUUCCCUCGUCCUCUCCGCUGUACCACCGUCUGCCGUUCGCCGACUACGACGAGGAGGGUCCUCUGCUCAACCGCAGAGACCGGGUCGAAAGCUACGAGAUGGAGGAGAAGGCGACCAAGUCGAACCGCCAGUCUCGCACCUUGUCCUUCCGGCGGAUCUGGACCAAGAACGUGCUGUGCACGCUGCUGGCGCAGGCGUUCUUCGACUUCCAGAUGGGGGCCUUCAACAACCUUUGGCUGCUUUUCCUGUCUACGCCGCGCUAUGACGCCAACGACCCGGCUAGCCCGCCCCAGAAGCUGCCGUUCAUCUUCACGGGCGGGCUGGGGAUGCUGCCGCAGAGUGUUGGCUUUGCGACGGCGAUUCUCGGCGUGAUCGGCAUGCUCCUGCAGUUUACCAUCUACCCCAGCAUCAACGGGCGUCUGGGCACGGCCAAGAGCUACCAGUACUUCCUGACGCUGUUCCCGCUGGCGUACGCGUUCGCGCCGUACAUCGCGCUGGCGCCGUCGUCAGCACCCCCGCCGGGGCAGGCCAACGGCAGCUGGGUGUGGUUCUCGAUCAUCGUGGUGCUGUUCCUGCAGGUGACGGCGCGGACGUUCACGCUGCCGACGUCGAUCAUCCUGCUGAACAACUGCUCGCCGCACCCGUCGGUGCUGGGCACGAUCCACGGCAUCGGGCAGUCGGUGUCGUCGGCGUUCCGGACGAUCGGGCCGAUCUUCUCGGGGUCGUGGUACGGGUACGGGCUGGAGGUGGGGAUGGUCGGGUUCGCGUGGUGGCUGAUCGCGCUGGUGUCGGUGUUUGGCUGCGUGGCGGCGAUCUUUGUGUACGAGGGGUCGGGGCACGAGGUGUUCCUGCCGGGGGAGGAAGAGGAGUACCGCGACUGAUGGGUCGGUCUGAUGUUUGAAACUCACUGCUUGCGUUUGGCGUUGUUUAUUUGUACUGUAUAUAUAUAAUGGACCCAUGCAUAGCGGGGUUGCUUGGUUGCAGGUGGGCGAUACCUGCUUUAUGCUGGAUGACAAUAGAAUAGAGCUGUGGUUUGCUUC